GCGCUUUCCAGCUCAAGUCGACACCUCCCGCCAGUCUCUUUGCCGCCAUGGACGGACUCAGCCGCGCCUUCCACUUCAUUCUGGACCCGUUCCAGCAGGAGAAGAAGCCGGAGAAGGCGGCCACCGCGCCCUUCGACCAGCCCUACCUCGAGCCCUCGCGCUGGUUCCUGACCGAGGAGGAGAUGCGCACGUCGCGCGACGGCUACAAGCGCGAGGGCAUGCACCUCUACUCCAAGGGCAACCGCGUCAAGCUCUACGCCGCGUCCGCCGGCUACUUCCACGACGUGGCCGACGACAUGCUGGACGUGCGUCGCGGCGACCUCGUCUACCUCACGGGCUGGGGCACGUGCAACGUGCCCUUCAAGCCGCACGAGCCGGACACGAAGCUCUGCGACUUGGCUGAGGCCGCCGUCAAGCGCGGCGCCGACUGGCGCAUGCUCGUCUGGUCCAACAUCACGGAGCGCGCGCAGAACCACGAGGUGCGCGACCUCAUCAACGCGCUGCCCCCGCCGGAGCAGAACGGCCCCGCGCGCUUCGUGUACGACGACCGCCUGCCGCACGCCACGUCGUCGCACCACCAGAAGUCGGUGAUCGUGCGUAAGGGCCGCGACCUCGUCGCCUACGUGGGCGGCGUGGACUUGACCAACGACCGUUGGGACACGCUCGAGCACGACCAGGCCGAGCUGCGCGAACGCACGGGCAUCAAGUGCCUGUGGAACGGCUGGCUUGACGCCCACGCCCGCAUUGAGGGCCCCGCCACGAAGGACGUGGCCUGCAACUUCCUCGACCGCUGGAACUCGCGCGACAAGCCGUCGCAGGACCUCAUGGACGACCUGCUGGACUUCGAGAACCCCGAGUUUUCGGAGCUCCCGCCCAUCGACGAGAGCGCGACGCCGCUGGACAUCCCCACGGACGGCACCCACGCCGUGCAGCUGUGCCGCACGUUCAGCCCGGACUACGACCACUACAACUUCGCGCCGCAGGGCGAGCAGUCCAUCUUCCACGCGCGCAUCAAGGCCAUCCGCAACGCGCAGAACUAUAUCUUCAUCCAGGACCAGUACUUCAUCCUGGUGCCGGAGCUGCUGGAGGCCAUCAUGGACAUGAUGCCCAGCAUCGAGCGCCUCAUCGUCAUCGUGCAGCGUACGGUCGAGGCUGGUUACACGGGCUACGCCAAGUACCUGUACGACAUGGUGGCGCCCAUCCAGAAGGCAUACCCGGACAAGUUCAAGCUCUAUUCGACCAAGGAGUCCAAGGAGCUGUACAUCCACAGCAAGCUGGUGAUCGUGGACGACGUGUAUGUGUCGCUGGGCUCGGCCAACUGGAACCGUCGUAGCAUGACGAGCGACACGGAGAUCGGCAUCAACAUUGUGGACACGGAGCUGGUGCAGUCGCCCGACAACAUCACGGUCAACAAGCUGGCCCGUAACUUCCGUAUCCAGAAGUUUAUGGAGGCGACAAAGCUCACGUACGACGAGCUGAACGCCAUGACGUUCCUGGAGGCCUGUGACGCGCUCGAGGCCGCCGCCCACGACGAUGGCUCCAGCCUGAUUGAGCCCUACGCGGUGGAGGAUAACGCUGCGUUCGACUAUGUGCCGGACGCUCUGCGCCAGAUCGUGGACCCGGAUGUCGAGGGCGACAACUAAGCUAAGCGUUCCCAAACUGUGACGUUCUGUAUAGGUU